CUCCUCUCCUCGUCUCCUCGCUCUGCACGCGGAUCUGCUGUGGUCUGUGCUCUUGUCUCUGCUCUGGUCUCUGGUCUAGUCCUCGGUCCGGUCUCUGGUCUGGACUCUGGUCUGGACUCGUCCGUCGCCAUGGGAGACAAAGGAACGAGAGUCUUCAAAAAGGCCAGUCCCAAUGGAAAGCUGACGGUGUACUUGGGGAGGCGGGACUUCGUGGACCAGGUGGAUCAGGUGGAACCUGUCGACGGAGUCGUUUUGAUCGACCCAGAAUAUCUGAAAGAGAGGAAAGUCUUCGUCUCUCUCACCUGUGCGUUCCGUUACGGUCGGGAGGACCUGGACGUCCUCGGGUUGACGUUCCGCAAAGACCUGUUCGUAGCCAGUGUCCAGGUGUUCCCCGCGGAGAACCCUGAGGAGAACCCAGAGAACCCCGAGGAGCACCCGGAGAACCCCGAGGAGCACCGCCCUCUGACCCGACUACAGGAGAGACUCAUCAAGAAGCUGGGAGACCACGCCCACCCCUUCACCUUCCAGAUCCCCCUGAACCUGCCCUGCUCCGUCACUCUGCAGCCGGGACCCGAGGAUACAGGGAAGGCCUGUGGAGUCGACUUUGAGGUGAAGGCAUUUUGUGCAGAAAAUCCAGAGGAGAAGAUCCACAAAAGAAACUCCGUGCGUCUGGUGAUCCGUAAAGUCCAGUACGCUCCGGAGAAGCCUGGACCUCAGCCCAUGGCUGAGACCACCCGACUGUUCCUCAUGUCAGACAAACCUCUGCACCUGGAGGCCUCGCUGGACAAGCAGGUUUAUUAUCACGGAGAACCCAUCAGUGUGAACGUCCACGUGACCAACAACACCAACAAGACUGUGAGAAGAAUCAAGGUCUCAGUGCGACAGUUCGCUGACAUCUGUUUGUUCAACACGGCUCAGUACAAGUGUCCUGUGGCCUCAGAGGAGACCGAUGACAUCGUGGCGCCCAGCUCGACGCUGUGUAAGGUUUUCACUCUGACACCGUUUUUGGCGAAUAAUCGAGAGAAACGCGGCCUCGCCCUGGACGGAAAACUGCGCCACGAAGACACCAACCUGGCCUCAAGUACUCUAUUGCGAGACGGGGCAAACAAAGAGAUCCUGGGAAUUAUCGUGUCGUACAGAGUCAAAGUCAAACUCAUCGUGUCCAGAGGAGGGUUGUUGGGAGAUUUGGCCGCCAGUGACGUCUCGGUGGAGUUGCCGUUCACCCUGAUGCACCCCAAACCCCCCGACGACCUGCCCCGGGACGCCUCAGAUGAAGUUCCAGUCGACACCAACCUGAUCCAGUUUGACACACAUGACGAUGACAUCGUGUUUGAGGACUUCGCUCGAGAGCGUCUGAUUGGAGCAAAAGACGAGGAGGAGGAGCCUGCGGACUCCCCUAAAACAGAGGAGAGAUAGGACCCGACUGACCCUCCACCUGCGGACCCUAGACCCGCUGUAGGACUGUUUAGACCUGGUUUAGUCCUGGUUUAGACCUGGUUUAGUCCUGGUUUAGUCCUGAUCCCUGGUGCUUUGUGACUCUUCAUCAGAGGAAAAGAAUUGUCUUUAACAUACAACUACUGAGCAACUGAGACCUGUUUGGUCUUCGUUCUAGUUUAAACCUGGUUCAGUCCUGGUUUAGUCCUGGUUUAGUCCUGGUUCAGUCCUGGUUUCAAUCCUGGUUCAGUCCCGGUUUAGUCCUGGUUUAGUCCUGGUUCAGUCCUGGUUUCAAUCCUGGUUCAGUCCCGGUUUAGUCCUGGUUUAGUCCUGGUUCAUUUCUGGUUUAGUCCUGGUUUAGUCCUGGUUCAGUUCUGGUUUAGUCCUGGUUUUUGUGCGGUGUAUUUGAUGUUAUUUCACUUCUUCAUUGUUUCUUUUUGCACGGUUUAGGUUCCACACAAAUAUAACUCGUUUGUUCUGUAUUUUUGAUUUUUCUAAUUUUUCUGAUGCUGCUCGUUUUGUGAUUUCUUGGUUUGUAAAUAUUUCAUUUUCCUGUGAAAUUAUUGUUCGACAGAGUUUAAAAUUGUGACUUUAUUUUUGUAAGGUUUUGUAGAUUCUGAUGUUUGUGAAAAUCUGUUUGUGUCUGCUGCAUCUGAAAUAAACAGUACCACCUGGUGGACAACACGUGCCACUGCAUCCACUGC